AUGGAGACCGGUACAAGCACUAGCAACAGCAGAAACGAUAGCUAUGAAACCAUCAAGAAUGGAUCAUGGUUUAAUCAGUUCCGCAAUGGAUGUAAUCCCUGGAUGGCUAGAUAUGUAUACGGUCUUAUAUUCCUCAUCGCAAAUCUACUAGCUUGGGCUGCUCGUGAUUAUGGUCAGCGUGCCUUAAAUAGAGUAACAAAAUUCAAGAAUUGUAAAGAAGGAGAAAACUGUUUAGGGACAGAAGGGGUCUUAAGGGUUAGCUUGGGAUGUUUUUUGUUCUAUUUCGUAAUGUUUCUAUCAACACUUGGCACUUCAAAAACGCAUUCAUCAAGAGAUAAAUGGCAUUCUGGAUGGUGGUCUGCUAAGCUUAUCAUGUGGCCUGCUUUAACCAUCAUUCCUUUCUUGCUUCCUUCUACCAUUAUUCUCCUUUACGGAGAGCUUGCCCAUUUUGGUGCAGGGGUAUUUCUACUCAUACAGCUAAUUAGUGUGAUCAGUUUCAUAACAUGGCUCAACGAGUGCUAUCAGUCCCAAAAAGAUGCAGAAAGAUGUCGUGUCCGUGUGAUGUUACUAGCAACAACUUCAUACACAGUGUGUAUAGUUGGGGUGAUUUUGAUGUACAUAUGGUACGCGCCGGAGGCUUCAUGUCUUCUCAAUAUAUUCUUCAUAACUUGGACAUUGUUCCUCAUCCAGUUCAUGACAAGCAUCGCUCUCCAUCCUAAAGUCAAUGCUGGAUACUUGACUCCGGCUCUUAUGGGGCUCUAUGUUGUGUUUAUCUGCUGGUGCGCCAUUCGAAGUGAACCAGUGGGAGAAAACUGCAACAGAAAAGCAGCAGCUUCAAACAGAACGGACUGGCUUACAAUCAUUAGCUUUGUGGUUGCGUUACUGGCAAUGGUGAUUGCAACAUUUUCGACAGGAAUAGACUCUCAAUGUUUCCAAUUCAAGAAAGAUGUGUGUAGUGAAGGAGAGGAAGAAGAAGUGGAGGAAGAUGGUGUUCCAUAUGGAUAUGGAUUCUUCCAUUUUGUGUUUGCGACAGGAGCAAUGUACUUCGCUAUGCUCCUCAUCGGUUGGAACACUCAUCACCCAAUGAAAAAGUGGACGAUUGACGUGGGAUGGACGAGUACUUGGGUAAGGAUUGUGAAUGAGUGGGUUGCAGUUUGCGUAUACAUAUGGAUGCUUGUGGCUCCAAUCGUGCUGAAGAGCACAAGACAAAGGACAAGUGGGACUUGA